UCUCGCCGCCGCAGUACACAUGGACGCACGGACGCACAGACGGCCGGCGGGAACCCCCAGGGCCCUGGCGGAGCGCGCGGGGCGCCGCUGUUGCCUGGGCUGGGACUUCAGCACGCAGCAGGUUAAAGUUGUUGCUGUUGAUGCAGAGUUGAACGUCUUCUAUGAGGACAGUGUGCAUUUUGACAGAGACCUUCCGGAAUUUGGAACUCAGGGCGGUGUCCAUGUACACAAGGACAGGCUGACGGUCACCUCUCCGGUCCUGAUGUGGGUCCAGCAACACGGAAGCGUUUACUGGAAGACUGGAGCCAGCCUCGCGCUGUCAAGUCUGUCGCCAGCUCUUCCAUUACAUCAGCAGCUGCAGAGCUGCUUCUCCAUCAGCGACUGCCCGAUAUGGAUGGACUCCAGUACCACAGCCCAGUGCCACCAGCUGGAGGCUGCCGUGGGUGGGGCCCAGGCUCUCAGCUGCCUCACAGGGUCCCGGGCCUAUGAGCGUUUCACAGGGAACCAGAUAGCGAAGCUUUUCCAGAAGAAUCCUGAGGCCUACUCACAUUCUGAGAGAAUUUCCUUGGUCAGCAGCUUUGCUGCCUCGCUCUUCCUGGGUGGGUACUCGCCCAUCGACUACAGUGAUGGGUCUGGAAUGAAUUUGUUGCAGAUACAAGAAAAAGUCUGGUCCCAGGCUUGCCUAGAUGUCUGUGCUCCCCACUUGGAGGAGAAGCUGGGCUCCCCGGUCCCUUCCUGUUCAGUUGUGGGAGCCAUUUCUUCCUACUAUGUCCAGCGCUAUGGAUUCCCUCCAGGAUGCAAAGUGGUGGCCUUCACUGGGGACAACCCAGCGUCACUGGCCGGCAUGAGGCUGGAGGAAGGAGAUAUUGCGGUCAGCCUGGGCACCAGCGACACCCUGUUUCUCUGGCUCCAGAAGCCCAUGCCUGCCUUGGAAGGCCACAUCUUCUGCAACCCAGUGGAUGUGCAGCAUUACAUGGCGCUUCUGUGCUUUAAAAACGGCUCCCUCAUGAGAGAGAAGAUCCGAGAUGAGUCGGCCUCCUGUGCCUGGAACAAGUUCUCUAAGGCCCUGCAGUCCACGGAGAUGGGGAACAAUGGAAACUUGGGUUUUUAUUUCGAUGUAAUGGAGAUCACCCCUGAAAUUAUUGGGCGUCAUAGGUUUAAUGCGGAAAACAUGGAGGUCUCAGCAUUCCCUGGGGAUGUGGAGAUCCGAGCACUGAUUGAAGGACAGUUCAUGGCCAAGAGGAUUCAUGCAGAAGGCUUAGGCUACCGAGUCAUGCCCAAGACAAAGAUUCUGGCCACGGGAGGAGCCUCUCACAAUAAAGACAUCUUGCAGGUGCUUGCAGAUGUUUUUGGGGCCCCCGUAUACGUCAUAGACACCACCAGUUCAGCCUGCGUCGGCUCUGCGUACCGAGCUUUUCAUGGCCUUGCAGGAGGGACAGGUGUGGCCUUUUCGGAGGUUGUGAAAUCAGCACCACAGCCCAGCCUGGCUGCCACCCCCAACCCGGGAGCUUCCCAGGUCUAUGCGGCCCUUCUCCCUCGAUACGCUGCACUGGAACAGAGAAUCUUGUCCAUGGCUCAGAAGCCUCUGGAAUGAAUUCUUUGGUCCCAGACACCCUCCUGCCUCCCCAGUGGCACUAGUCCUUGUCCUUGGUCUGAACUCAGCUGUGCUCUGUGGAGCACUCCUGUCCUGUCCUGGACCACCCUGAAGUCACGACUCCUUGGAGACAUGUGGGCUACAUGUCCUGGGAUGGAAAAGCAAUUUCUCCUUUUCUGUCUUUCAUUCAGGAAGACCCUGUAGGGUAUGGCCACCAAAGACAAUCAUGUUCCCCUUUCAAAGGGACCAAACAGCAGAACAGGGAGAGACAGCCUUUUCCCUGACUCUGACCACUCCUCCUUCCUCACCUUCAGCUACCUCCCCCAUCCUGGAACCACCCCCUCCAUCCUUCCCUGCAAACCAGACUAAGGCACUUCUCUCCUGCCUGUGACCCUCCUGUCUCCUUAAGUGUCUUCCCAAUGCUCUCUUCUGUCUGCCUGUCUCCUCCUUCAUCUUCCCUCCCUAUAUGCACCUGGUGUAACUUCCCACUCAAGAUGACCUUCAUUGGCCUGGUGAAUCUCCUUUCUUCCCCUUCCCCUGCUCUGCCCAGAGACUGCCUGACUGGGGUUUCCUGGGUGACCUAAACGGACAUCUCCUAGGCUAAACACUUCCCGGUUCACAUGAUGACAUAAUCGUGUGUUUCAAGAAGUUUAUAAAUUCUGGCUUUCUUUUUCUUUUGUUUCUUUGGAGCCAAAGAUGACCUUAAGCUUAUGAUCUUCCUGCAACCAUCCCCCAAGUAUGUGCCACCACACCUGGUUUAUGCAAUACCAGGGAUCGAAUCCAUGCAGACACUGAGUCACACACCCAGCCUGGGUUUCCUUUUUACUUGGCAUACUUUGUGUCUCUCACGUCUGCGCAUCCUACUAUGUUUGAGCUGUGUCCUCCCUCUCCACCCCUGUUCUACUUUUCCUGGUGCUCUCCCUCCCAGAUCACCCCCAGAGUUUUCCUCUGCCACAAGGCUGGGCUGAACUCAGGACCACUGGAUCUGACAGGUGGCAAGAUGUUACAGACAGGUGUGAGAACAGGAUCAGAGCAGUGACUGCUGGGAAAUGAAAAGGACGGAGCACAGGUGGAAAGAGAGUUGUGUCUAAACAUGAGGUCACUCAGAAAGCUCGGCAUGUGAGGGGGGAGAAGCAACAAGCGGCCAUCUUGCCCACAGCAAACCCACAGUGCAGAAGGAAAUGGCCGUUGGGACGUUGCUUGUUACAGAGGGUUUACACUACCGACCAACUGCAAAGGCAUCUGGGACCACAAAACAAUUAACCAGGAUGACAGUCCAACAGAUCCUACAAUAAGUCAGACAACUGUGGAUGAAAAAGGCCACCAUAAGUGACAACUUGAAGAGCAAAUCCAAAUGGAAACACAGCAAGCCUAUGUGAGAAGACACUGAUCCCUGAACGGAAGGAUAGACGGACGUGACUGAUCCAGAGACCUGUCAGGAAGUUCAGGGAGGCACCAGGAAAGAAGGGAGAAGAGUAGAGACAAGAUCCCUGAUGAUAUUUAGGACUUCCCAAAAUAAACAAAAUUUUGAAAACACCUAAAAUCCACCUCUCCCUGCUUCCCCUUUGUCGGUGCAGGGGUUUGAACCUGUGACUUUGAAGAUGCUGGGCCAACCCCCUCUUACUGAGAUGUGCCACCAGCUUCAGGAACAUGUUUCGAAAGAGUCUACCUUGUAAUUUAGAUGUGGUCUAGCAGUGUUUUGAGAUUUGUAUAUCACUGACCUAACAUCCAAAGGCUUAGACCAUAAAACAAACUGAGGCAGUGUUGGGGUAGGGAGGGUGUUUGGUGGAGAGAUGCCUCAGGGGUUAAAAAUACUGGCUGUUCCUCCAGAGAACCUGAGUUCUGUUCCUAGCAGCCACACAACAGCUCACAACUGUCUGUAAUUCCAGUCCCAGAGGGAUCUGAUAGCCUCUCUGUACUCCAAGUGAUACACACACACAAGUAAUCGCCAUACAUAUUUUAAAAAUAUGGUUAAAAUAAAGAUAAAGUUUGAAGAAAACUCUAAUGCAAUAUUCUAACAUACACUGGGUAAUAAAUAACAUUUUUUGAGGUGAAGGGAAAAGUGUAAUUGUCAAGACCAAAAGAUGCUAUUGUCUUGCAAAAGAAGGUUCAGGCCAGGGGCUAGAGAGAUGGCUCAGUGGUUAAGAGCACUGACUGCUCUUCCAAAGGUCCUG